AUGUUCCAUAAGUUUCUAAAGUUGCCGAUUGAGCUUCAGCUCGUAAUCUGGCACUUCCACUGGCCGCCUACUAGACAUUACUUCACUCUAUACGAUGCCAGGAUCCGAGAAUAUGGAGCAAUUAGUAUGGAAGAUGAACGUUACGUCAAUCGGUUAGUACCAAAGAGAAAAAAAGCCACACUAGAUUUCAUACCCUUCCUCACCAAGAUUCCAUUCACUGGUCAGAUCCGGGUCCGUUUGCGUCGCGUAGUAUCCGUAGAUCCACCAGAACCUGAAUUUUCUAUGAUAGGUAGCAAGGCAGAGGUCUAUGUGUACUUUGCGCAGGAUGUCUUCUAUUUCGAUGAUUUCCCCUACUACUAUCCCCUGACGGAUACAUGGGCGAAGGAAGAGUGGUUUCGCUUCUUGCGAAAGCCAAUUACUCAACUGCAACCACCAAAAUUGCAUAAAAGUCAUUGGAUCUUCAAAGUGAGAAAUCUCGCCCUCCGUCUAGAGUGGAUAGGUGAAAGUCGAGGCACAGAAUGGGACCACACGAUUCUUCGAAAAAUGAAAUCACUUAAAGAAGUGUGGCUCGUUCAUCCCCGGACACCAAACAUUGCUAUAGAAACACCUUUCCUUAUGAUAAACAGAACGUUCAACGAACUUCCGUAUUCAGUAGACGGCGGUGUAAAAGACGCAUAUUUGUAUCUUCAAGGAAAAAUGAAAGAGUACGGCAUCGAUGCUCCUGUGGUUAUGACAACCAUAGACACCUGA